CAAACAGACUUAAACUCUCCAUCAGAAACACAAUCAGACUGGAUUAUUCUUUUAGAUUUAAAUCACCAUAACAGCACCAUUCGAUCCUCGGUGUUUUAUUAGUUUGUUGUGUUCUAGUCUUUGUUUAUUUUCCAUCAGGAGUCUGUCUGGGCAGCUCGUUGCGCCUCUGCUCGGGUCUUUACGGUACCAGCUGGUCCAACCCGCAGCUCCUCCUGCGGUUCUUCUGGUGCCAGAAGCUCAGUGACGCGGUGGUUCCGAUUCUGUCUGAUUCAUUCUCAACUCUGCGGCUUUUCUCGCUUUAUUUGCGUUCUUUUUUUGCAGAACAUCCUCCCGGUUCCUCCUCCCCCACCUGCAGCGGCUAAUCUCCGGGAUCAGCCUCCACCGUCCGCCGCUGACCGGAGCUUUAGAUCAGAUUAGAGCCGUUAUAUAAUCCGGUCUGAGGAGCUGGAGGUUCGGUUCGGUGUCUGACUUCUGCUGUAGAGAGACCAGUCCGUCCGGGUUCAUGCCAGAUCUGCAGCGCUUCAGUUUUCCGUACCAGAUGAAUCCUUUGUUGGGGGGCUCCAACCUCCAGCCGCCGCAGCAGAUCCAGACUCACCCAGACUCCCCCUCCGGCCUCCUGCCCGACCCGGUGUUCGGAGCAGCGGACCCGGCUUCCUUCCUGCUGUCCGAGCAGCCGGGCUCCGGGCCGGACCAGACCGACUUCCCCGGACCUCCAGGCUUCCUCCAUCUCCCCGGCCCCGGCAGCGGCUUCCCGCAGCGCGCCGCGCCGCACCCCCCCGCCGCCAUGGCGCUGCGGAACGACCUGGGCUCCAACAUCAGCGUCCUGAAGACCCUCAACCUGCGGUUCCGCUGCUUCCUGGCCAAAGUGCACGAACUGGAGCGCCGGAACAAGGUUCUGGAGAAGCAGCUGCAGCAGGCUCUGGAGGCCCAGCAGGCCGCUCCGGGGGGCGGCGACGGCGGUGGGACGCGCAGCCAGGAGGCCGCCGUGCAGACCGGGUUCGUGGGCACCAUCCCGCUGCGGCCCGGUUCUCUCCCCUUUCACAACACCAACAACUCCGCCCGCAGGCCCACCUCCCUGUUCCCGUCCAGCACCUGCCUCCCCUCCUCUGAAGGCUCCGGUUCGGCCCAGACCUCCCAGCCCACCAUCACUGUCAGCCAGGCCUCCCCCUGCCCGGACUCUCCCGGACCCAAACCGGUCUCCAGCGGCACCAACCCCCCGCCCCGUUUCCUCCCCGGAACCAUCUGGUCCUACAGCCACAGCCGCAAGUUCGGGCCCGGAUCGGAGCGUGUGACCAGCCCCGGGGUGUCCUGGGUCCAUCCGGACGGGGUCGGGGUCCAGAUCGACACCAUCACCCCCGAGAUCAGAGCUCUGUACAACGUCCUGGCCAAAGUGAAGAGGGAGAGGGACGAGUUCAAGAGGAGGUGGGAAGAAGAAUAUACGAUGAGGAUGGACCUGCAGCAGAAGAUCACAGACCUGCAGGAGGACCUCCAGGAGAGCGAGGGCUGUCAGGAUGAACUGGCUCUCAGAGUCCAGCAGUUGAAGGCUGAGCUGGUUCUGUUCAAGGGCCUCAUGAGCAACAACUUGUCAGAACUGGACAGUAAGAUCCAGGAGAAGGCCAUGAAGGUGGACAUGGACAUCUGCAGGAGGAUCGACAUCACGGCUCGGCUGUGUGACGUGGCCCAGCAGAGGAACUGCGAGGACGUGAUCCAGAUGUACCAGGUUCCCAACAACCAGCCGACCCUGAACUGCCGACGGAAACAGACGCCGCUGUCCUUCAACGGCAGCGAGUGCGAAGACACCGUCAGCACCUCGGAGAGCGACGGUGGGUUGGCCAGAGAUGAGGAGCACGGGGGCUCGUCGGCCAAUCAGAUCAACGAGGAGAUGCAGAGGAUGUUAAACCAGCUGCGUGAGUGUGAGUUCGAGGAUGACUGCGACAGUCUGGCCUGGGAGGAGACCGAAGAGACGCUGCUGCUUUGGGAGGAUUUCCCAGGAUGCACUCUGCCUCCAGACCCCACCCACCCACCUGGAGAGCAGGACGACUGUCUGGAAAAGGUGAUUAAUGACACCGAGUGUCUGUUCAAGUCCAGAGAGAAGGAAUACCAGGAGACCAUCGACCAGAUCGAGCUGGAGCUGGCCACGGCGAAGAGCGACAUGAACCGUCACCUGCACGAGUACAUGGAGAUGUGCUCGAUGAAACGAGGUCUGGACGUUCAGAUGGAGACCUGCAGGAGGCUCAUCACUCAGAGCGGCGACAGUAACUCUGCAGCACCUGCAGCUUGUGACGACGGCGACCAGAAAGAAAGCGAUAAAUCUUCGUCGUCUCCACCCUCGUCUUCCUCCAGAUCUUGACACCUGGCCGUGGUCACGUGACCGCGGCGGCGUGCAGCUGCAGUACCACACGAUGCAAUACACACCCCGUAACUAUGGCAACACCACGUUUACAUCUAUUUAUUUAGUCAUUUAUCGAUGGAGCAACAGUGAAUCUUGUGAUAAACGGAGAUUUUUAGGAGAUUUAGUUUGUCAGGAGAGUUUAGUCUGACUUAUUCACUCCACACACCAUAAUAAUAAAAAUCAUACAAAAAAAUAAAUGAUCUUCAGAUAUUCUGCUGUCAGAGUCACUCCUCACACAUUUCAGGUCCUUCCACCAGUCAACACAAAGCAGAGAUCAGAUGAUGGUCGUCUGGAGUUAAAGUGAUGAAAAUGAGCUUCAGCAGUGGAUCUGAUUCAACCCUCGUGUUGUCUGAGGCUCAGAAACGAUCCGGCCGCUACGUUUAAAGCAGAAAAAAAAACCCUAAAUGACCUUUUUUCAGCUUGAAAUUCAGGGAGUUUUCCUGAAGUGACUCCACCGUUAGCAAAAGUAAAACAUUCUCUACUGCAUGAGUCCACUUUUAGUUUUUAGAUCUGAUCUUUUUCAGACAUCCAGGAGAUAAAACGGUAAAACAAACGCACACACACACCUGCGUACUGGCCUAAAUAAGAUCAUUACAGUUUAAUAUGUUCCUCAUAUUUCUGUUUUGCAUCUGUUUUUGGAUUUUAUUCUUAUUAUUGAUGAGAGAAGAGCAGUAUUUUGUAGUUGAAUUCCAUUGUACAGCAUACAGAACACGACUGGCGUUUCCCUUAAAAAAUGCAUUUACAGCUACUUUCUGCAAGUUUCUGGUACUUUCUUAAGAUAUACAAGCACUAUCUUUAACCCUAACCUUUAGCAGCAAUAAUAGUGAUGACAGACCUCUACUUUAGUCAAGAAAACCGUUAAAACGAGUGCUGUCCACUGAUUAAAUACAGUCUUUAUACGCUCUAAAGAGGGAAAAACCCAGACGUUCAAAAAGUGCGUGAUGCCUGUCAGGUUGUUUCUUCGUGUAAAAUAGAUUUUGGGUUGAAAAUUCAAUGAAGCUGCUUUAUUUUGAAGGCCCAGUGGGUCGUUUUUGACCCUCAGGGUGUUAAGACAACACGAGGGUUAAACAUGAUGAAUCUUGUCAGGAUUCAGCAUUUUACUGCCUCAAAGCUGCAGCAUCGCUUUGCUUUCCAUCUGCAGGACGAACAAUUCAAUCAUCAAACCUUCAGUCAGAAAUAAAUCCAAACAUUUGGGCUUAAAGGGACGGAAAAAGCACUAGAACAGUAUUUCUAUCUGAGUCUUAGUGUGGAAAUAAAACACCUCCGGCACGUUAACGUCUUAUUUGAGGGUGUGAAAGGGUUAUUUUGUGCGAUGAUGUGCUACAAACUAAAAAUGUCUUCUGAUAACACACGGCGUGACUCGGUGCGUUAUUAACUGUCUUCCUGCUCGUCUUAUAUUGAAACUACUGAAAAAAAAGAAGGUUUCUGGUCUCCUUCCAGUGAAUUAAAAGCUGUGAAUUCCCUCCGUCAGACAUAAAUUUACCUUCAGUCUGAUAAAAUUGCUCACAUUUCCAGUGCAAUCGCAGCAGAUUUUAAUAUUUACGAAGAGAAGAAUCCAGCGUAGAAGAGGCACUUGUAUCCAUUUAUCUGUAGAAAACGCGAAAUAGCUUGAUGGACGUUUUUUGGGGAACAUCUGCAGGAAACAGCUGAGGAUCAGACGAGGUUAGUUUUCAGGUUUAAGUUUGGAGUUAAAGCUGCAGGAAAAGACGAAGUCCUGAGAGUCUGCAGAAGCUGUUGAUGAUAGUUUAGAGACUCUGCAUGAGUGAGCAGAAUGGGCGACGAAGAAUUUAGCCGUCGAGUGCCAAAACAAAGCAAAAAGACUGAAUCUAGCUGCCGAAGCUCUUCCUCUUGGUGCUUAAUGUAUAUAAUAAACCUAUUUUUGAGCCUGUUAGAAAGAAGCAAAGUGUAGAAUACGAAGCAAUCAGCACUGUUGUUUCUGUAGCGAGCGAACAGAAUGUGCUGGAGAUAGACUCUUUAUGUCUUUUGUGAUGCAUUUGACGCAUACCUCAUUUUAUGUCUGUGUUUCUGGACACGUUAAACCACAAACUGCUGCAGGAAACUCUGCAGGGUUUCGUCUCCGUUUCUAAAUGUAGUUUCUGCCGUCACGUUUUUUCUCGUUCCAGUAAAAUAAGGAGGAUUUGAAGCAUGUCGGACUCUGACGGAGACGUUAAAACACCGUUUGCUUUAGUUUUCUGUUCGCUCCACACACUGAGUGAGUCUAUGUAUGCAUGUGUCAGUGUGUGAGAUUCUGGGUGUUUUGUCUGUACGGUGUUUUUAAAAAGGCUUUAACUGGCGCAGACACACAACACAGAACAAUGAGAUUCUGUCUGACUUCAAUCGGUGACAUUUGAGCCAAAACUGAUAAAUCAGAAGAUGAUGGAGGGUUUUUUUUUUCCAUUGGUACUUUUCUUUCUGAAUGUUGUGGCGGGCCGAGUAAAGUCAGUUUAAAAAUACCUCCCAACUACUGAAAUGCAAAUGCUUUAGCGAAAUGACUCCGAUGGCUUUGACUUUAUCUGUGUAAAGGAAAUAUAGCUUUGAAUAUAUACUUGUGUUUAAAGACUGCAGAAGAAGACUGACCUCGGUCACACACCUGAAAAGAAAAUCGCAAAAGCUUUGAAUUAACACAACGACCCGACGCUCUAUUUAGCUUCUUAAAGGAAAUUAUGGCAUUUAAGAACCCAAAAAAAGUAAUUUUUUGGUCUUUCUAGAGGAGAAAGAAUGAAAAUUUUGACUUUUUGUCACAUGAAUUAGUCGUUUUGCUGGUUGUUGAUCCAGAUGUGUGCCGCUGCAGCUUUGAACAUGAAGAUAAGUGGCUGAACAGCUUCACUGCAGAGCUUCAGUGUGUGACGAGAGAGAAGAAUGAAUAAAAGAUGCAACUGAGAAACAA